AGUUCGCCUUCUUAACUUUUAACCUUCGUCCUCCGUUGAAUAUUUUCAUGUUCGCCCGCUGUUGUAUCUAAUUCGCCGUUGUUUGAAUCGUUUUUGGUUCAUUAUAUUAUUCAAAAUGGCUAUCGGCGACUACCCUGCCGAAUAUAAUCCCAAAGUACAUGGACCGUACGAUCCAGCACGUUUUUAUGGAACACCCGACACACCAUUUUCUCAAUUGAAACUUGGAGAGGUAACUAAUUAUCUGAAAAUAAAUAUCGUAAACUGUGUUAUAUUACUAGAACUUGUUAAAUGUUAUAUUCUUAAUAAGUUAUCAUGAAGAAUCUGCUAUUAGAUAAUAAGAAUUAUCGUUUUCAAUCACUACAUCAUUUGGCAAUUAAUGGUGACGUUUUUGUUUAGUUUUUUUCUUAUAAUACAUUAUUUAAUAGCCUUUACUUAUCUGAUUAAUACUAGAUAUCACCUUAAAAUCAAGACCAUAAUGCAAUACGUGUUUCCAUAAAUUACUAAUCGCUAUUAUGCAAAUGUUUUAUACUUUUUAAAGUCGUUUUCAUUGGAUUUGCAUUGUCUACCUCUUGUUGGAAUUAAUCUUUAAUACCAUAAUAUUGAUGUAUUAUCUAGUCUUUCUUAAACUUAGAUUUCUCUUUUAAUUACUUUGAUUAAAAUAGUUUCAAAUUUAUUUAUAAGUUUAGGUAUCUACUUGCUUGUAACCUUAAUUUGACAUUUGAUUAUCAAAUCUAAAUAGGACAAACUUGAUCCGCCUAUAUUAGUAUGCCAUUUUUUUCACUGUUAGCUAAAUAAUGCUAUAAUUAACGCUUCAGUGCACAUCAUUAAAUUUUAUUAUAAAAAGAUUUUGCUUUAAUUUCAAUUUGUACAAUUUUAAACAAGUUGAAAAUCAUUGAAUUUUAUCUAAGAAUUAUUUUGUAAAGUAAUUAUAAGUAUUUAUUUAUUUGUUACAAAUAUCUACCAUCUACCUAUUGUACAAUUUAUUUAUUGACCAAAUCCUAAUAGUGAAUACUACUUUUUUAGGUUUCUGAAUGGAUUAAUCGCCGUAAUAAGUCACCAAAAGCAAUUGCUGGCUUGUUUUCUCGCGCUUACUGGAGGUGGUCACAUAAAUAUGUACAACCGAAACGUGCAACUGUUGCUCCAUUGAUUCAUAUUGUUACUGGUAGCAUGUUGUUCUUCUAUGUUAUUAAUUACGGCAAAAUUGUUCGUCAUCGUAAUUAUAAAUACCACUAAUAGUUGAAAUGAUUAACUAUCAAAGUUUUAUAGAAUUAGUUAAAUCAGCAUAUAUUGUUAUUAAAACACUCGUAAAUUAAUUAAUAUUGUAUUUCAAAAUUUCAAAAAUAAUUAUUCUUUAAGUAGUUAGUAUUUAGGUACCUACUUAAAAUUAAUGUAAUACAAAUAGUUAUACUCAAAGAAAUGUUGGUAAAUAAAUAAUAAAAUACAAACAAUUUUUAUUAAAUUAGUAAUUUGUUAUUUUUUCAACUUUUACUUGAUUUUGUUUUUAAUGUUUGAACAUUAAUUGAUUUUAGUUAUUAAAAAAUUAAAAGGUAAUACAAAUAUAGAUACUAUUUAUAUGUAUUUAAAUGCAUAACAACGAA